AUAGAGGCAGGAGCGAGAGCCUGAGCGCCGCGACAAAACAAAGAGCGGGCUGGAGACGCGUCCACGCCCCGCUCUCCACCCACCCGUCUCCCCUCCCUCACGUCUCCAGUUUUGCUCUAACCUGCUGCGAGCGAAGGGAAGGGAAGGGAAGGGAAGGGAAGAGACCGGCCCGGGCGGGGAGCCCCACCGGCACCAAGCGAGCUCUCCGAUGCCCAAGCUCCCGCGCCAUUCUGCAAAAGCUUCCCCAACCCGCCGGGGGUCAGAGACGAAAGCCCUUGGCGCAGAUAUGCUUUCGCUCCUCACCUUCCUUUCUUCUUUCUGAUUCCUCUGCUACAAACUUGCUUUGGGUUGCCAGGGCACCGGGCUCCGGAGAACAGGCAGACAAAAGGCUUUGUGAACAGCUGCUCUACAGGCGGCGGCGGCGGCGGCACUCAAGAAAGUUAAGCAGGGCGCCGAAGCGGAUGGAGAGUUUCGCUGCAGAAGCAGGGCGCCGCUUCUGCCGCCCUGGCCCUGCGAUUUCGCGCUCGGCCGAGGGAUGGCCGUGCUGGCCCUAACAUGCGGCCGCGCUGCCCCUCCGGCUCCGCUGCCUCCUACCUGCGUCUCGGUGGGGGUGGUAGCUCAGCGCCCUGCCGCCUCCGUCGUUGCCUCUCCAGGGUUGGUGACCCCGCGACGAGCUUCUGCGCCGAGACCAUGUUCGACCUCCGAGGGCAGCAAAACUGCCGCCUGCUUUGCAUUAUGUGGAUCCCACUCUUGGCUUUCAUAACGGUCGGGCUCGUCUCCCUACACAGAUGCCAACGACAUCCCGGCCCGGUCCUGGGAGUGAGUCGUCUGCUCGCGGUGGUUGUGCCAGGCUCGGGCCAGCGCCCAGACAACAGAUGUGCUAUUUCAAAUGCAGCAACAUGUACUGCCUGUCUUGCUGUGGGUCCAGAAUGUGGAUGGUGUGUUCAAGAGGAUUUCAUGGCUGGAACAAAGCUGAAGGAACGAUGUGACAUAGUUUUACAUUUAAUCCAAAGAGGCUGCAGGCCAGAUUUCAUAGAAAGUCCCAAAGUUGAUGUAACAAUACCCAGUAAUGAGGUUAAUAUUCAAGUGAUACCAGGAGAAGCUUCAGUGCAGCUGCGUCCAGGAUCUGAAGCAAGUUUUAUGCUGAAAGUCCGCCCACUGGAAAAGUAUCCUGUGGAUCUCUAUUAUUUGGUUGAUGUGUCUGCAUCUAUGCACAGGCAUAUAGAACGAUUAAACUCUGUUGGAUUUGAAUUAUCUCAAAAGAUGGAAAAUAUUUCCAUUGAUUUACGACUUGGAUUUGGAUCCUAUGUAGAUAAAACAGUGUCCCCUUAUAUUAGUAUUCACCCAAAAAGAAUCCAUAAUCAGUGCAGUGAUUAUGAGCUAGAUUGUAUGCCACCUCAUGGUUUUAUUCAUGUUUUAUCACUGACUGACAAAAUACCAGAAUUCAGGAGUGUAAUUAAUAAGCAGAAAAUCUCUGGAAAUAUUGAUACACCCGAAGGAGGCUUUGAUGCUAUGCUUCAGGCAGUAGUGUGUCAG